UCCUAAACGAAGCAAACAUGCCAGCAGAAGCCACCGUCAAAGCGCCCAAGAAGGGCUCCAAGAAAGCCGUGACCAAGACCGCCGCCAAGAGCGGGAAGAAGAGGAGAAAGAGCAGGAAGGAGAGCUACGCCAUCUACGUGUACAAGGUGCUGAAGCAGGUCCACCCGGACACCGGCAUCUCCUCCAAGGCCAUGGGCAUCAUGAACUCGUUUGUGAGCGACAUCUUUGAGCGCAUCGCCGGCGAGGCGUCCCGCCUGGCUCACUACAACAAGCGCUCCACCAUCACUUCUCGCGAGAUCCAGACCGCCGUGAGGCUGCUGCUGCCCGGGGAGCUGGCCAAGCACGCCGUGUCCGAGGGCACCAAGGCCGUCACCAAGUACACCAGCUCCAAGUAAACCGGCCCGCCGAGACCAAGACAACACAACGGCUCUUUUAAGAGCCACACACUCCUUCUACUAAGAGCUCACGUUCCACUUUAUCAAGCUACUUCUUAAGUACAUACAUGUAUAUCCACACAAAUAUAAUCAAA